AUGGCUAAUACUACUGUCACUUGGCGCAGCGUGCCGCUUUUAAAUGCAUCAGGUGUGCUAACGCCCGAUGGCAUACGGCUGCUAGAACUCGAGCUGAAUGAGGAGCGUUUGGCGGUUAUUACUUUUGUCGGUCCGCCAUCCACUCGUACCGCGAGGAAUGAGUUGGUGAUCAAACUACUGGGACAGACGGAUGCUGCUGUUCCAUCUUCAGAUGACGAGUCUCUUAUUCUGCUGGCUAGCGUCUCGCACCGUGAAAGAGAUUUUCAGCUACUUUUCUUAGACAUAAAUGCAACAAAUAUCACAGACCCAGAUGCGUGCUCGGGCCUCGAGCAGCUAAUCGGCGCCGUUUGCGCGCUGUCGUCGUUGGUAAUCUCAUGUUAUGAUGAAAUUAAUUUGAUGAGCAGCUUCGUUUCUCUCCUUUGGCAGUUCCAGUCGCUUUUUCAGACACUGGUAGAUGAAUUUGUCACUGUGGAAGUAUUCGAAAUAAUUCCCAAGUUGCUAAGCAUCGACUAUUCCCCAAAUCGUUCGCUUGCAGAUAAGCUGGUAGAAGCUAAGAACAAAGGGCAAGAAAUUAGCGCUUCGACGCUAGCAAAUCUCAUUAAAUUAAGAGAUUUGGGGUUUUUCUGUCCUAACAGCAUUGCACAAAUGACCUUUGACGAUUUUGUUGGGGAUUUUGCGACUGUCAAAAGUUUAUUCGGACUCGAAAUGACAGGUGAAGUAUUGGGUGGGCUGCUGCGCAAGUUAUCACUGCAGAUAGACGAACAGAGGCCUUUAGAUUUUGGGAUUGCCUGGGAUGACUUUGUGGAAGACAAGUGCCGUGCACAGGCAGAGGAAGCAUUGAGCACGUACGUAGAUUGCGUUCAUCCGGCUGUAUUGGAGCAUCCCCCUAUGGAGUUUGAGGCGUUUAAACAAUUGCACGAAGACAUUUGGCGGCUAAGUUUGGAUGUAUAUCGUUCAACAAGCAAGUUUAAGUCUAUUAAGUACCGGACUGUUCGUAAGCAGCUGAAGGCAGAUAUUCACAUACAAUAUGAUCACGAACUUGACAGUCUCACGCAAAAAUCACGCGAGUUUUGUGAAAGUAUUCGACACGAUCUGUGGGCUGAUCUUUAUGCACAUGCUACGCAAACACCUGAUGAUAGAACAUUUGCCGCAAUGCUACUUGCUAUUCAAGAAUUUGACCAGCAAUACAAUGAGAAGGCUAGUGGUCCAGAAAAAGCUGCUGUUCUUCGAAGUUUUUACAAAAACGAGGCGAUUCAAGCCUUUCAUCAGCUUGAAAGCGUCAUUACUCAGCAGUGGAGUGAGCAACGCUUACAAAAACUGCGACUUCAACUUGAAAAAGACUUUGAUGACAAAAAAACGGAUCUUGUGAAACAUUUCAUGCAUAAGGAAGCUGAGUUGCGCUCUGGAAUGGCACGCGACAUGGAGACGAUGCAAAAGAUGCUAGAAGCAAAGGUUGCUCGCGCGAAAAUUGAAGAGAGCGAGGCCAAAAGGCAUCGAGAUAAACUUGUUGAAUUGAAGCGUCACAAUACAGAGCUACAAGAGAAAUUAGUAAUACUGGAGCACAAACAACAAGAUGCAUUAAUUCAAAAUGCAGUGCUUAUCACGCAAGUGGGUGAACUGGAACAUGUGGUACAGCGUGAAAUUGAAAGCCGCACAGAAUUAGUUGAAACACUAGCACUGACGAUAGAUAAGGCCAAGAAGGAGGAGUUCGCGCUAAAUGAGAGAAUUGGUGAAUUGCAAUUAGAGUUGGGAGAGAAAACUUUACGUAUCGAGGGUGAGCUGCAGGACUUGACCCAGCGACUACGAAAGACAAAUGAGGAAAAGGAAGAACUUCAAGAAAAGCUUAGCGAGCUUAUGUUCAAAGUUACGGCACUUCCGGAGGCCUUACAACAGCAUCUCUUUUGCGUCGAAAACGAUGGCUUCCGCAUCAAAUGCCACUCCCGGCCCUUCUGUUGCAAAACACAUGCUCUACCAGCUGAGCUUAAGGAGACAAUCGCAAGCGUGCUGCGAAAGAAACUGCAGAAGGCUCAAUGCGGUGGUAAAGAAUCGCGUGGUGUUGUAUCGAUAGUCAUAAGGUGUGCGUUUCGUAUGUUGCAUGAGACGAUUUUCAUGUAUUAUUUAUCACAUCACACAUUCUAA